GGGCACAUGCUCCAGCAGAUCACGGAGAGGCUGCAGAACAUCAUGCUCAGAAUGAGGGUUUUACUUGUUGUCGCUGCUCUUGUGGUUGUGGCUGGUGCUGCCAGUGUCUCUCUGGAGGAUCUGGAAUUCCACGCCUGGAAACUGAAGUUUGGUAAAAGCUACAGUUCAUUGGAUGAAGAGUCCUGGCGUAAAAUGAUUUGGCUGGACAAUCUUAAACUGGUUCUGGAGCACAACAUGCUGGCUGACCAGGGCAUCAAAAGCUACAGACUCGGCAUGAACCACUUUGCAGACAUGGACUAUCAGGAGUACCAGCAGAUGUCAAAGGGCUGCCUGGGGUCAUUCAACUGGACUGAUACCCACAGCGCCACUACAUUCCUAAAGCUGGUAGAGGGCACUGCUCUGCCCAGCUUUGUGGAUUGGAGGAUUGAGGGCUACGUGACUGAGGUUAAGGACCAAAGUCAUUGUCGCUCCUGCUGGGCCUUCAGUGCGGCAGGGGCCCUAGAGGGUCAGAUGUUCAAGAAGACAAAGAAGCUGGUAGAAUUGAGUGCACAACAACUGGUGGACUGCUCCCGGGGUUAUGAAAACUUUGGCUGUCAAGGUGGUUGGCCUCUUAAUGCCUUCAGGUACAUCAAGUCCAGUGGAGGCUUGGAGACAGCAUACACUUAUCCAUACCAGGCCAAGGAAGGGGAAUGCAAGUUUAACCACCAGAAUUCUUGGGCUUCAUGCUCUGGCUAUAAAAUGGUGAAACCCACAGAAGACGCUCUGCAGUAUGCUGUGGCAACAAUCGGGCCCAUUUCUGUAAUCGUAGAUGCCGACCAUCGCAGCUACCAGCACUAUAAGUCAGGUGUGUAUGAUGAGCCAGCCUGCAGGACUAACUACCCUUAUCAUGCUGUCCUGGUUGUUGGUUAUGGCACUGAUGAUGGACAGGACUACUGGCUGGUCAAGAACAGCUGGGGUGUCGGCUGGGGUGAUGAAGGCUACAUCAAGAUGUCGAGGAACAAGAAUAACCAGUGUGGUAUUGCCACAACAGCCGCCUACCCAGAGGUUUAAAGGUUGAAGAGGAGGAGUCUGAUCAGAAUGAUCAACUGAUGCAAAACAUUUUUUCUACCAUUAUUCCUGAAUUACACAUGCAGUGUGAAUUGUUACUAUUUCUGACUGCUUGAAAAUUAAAAAAUAAAACUCAGCAUUUAAAUCUAUAACAGUUCUUUUCAUAACAGUUCAACACCUCAUACCAGCACACACACACACACACACACACACAUUAAGAUCCAGCAGUAUAUUACAGUCUGAAGAUUUCCUAUAUUGAAAGGCUCAUUAUUUGAAGCCGUAUUGAAGCCGAUGCUACUGUGAGCUACAGGAGAAGAGCAUUGAAGAUAAUAACCUGCUACACCAUUGAUAAGGAAAUGUCCACAAUCUUCAGAAAAGAAGCUCCAGGGUUUCUUCAUUACAAAAAUAAUAAAGAAAAAAAUCAUGUAUCUCCA